UCUUUUUCCUCUUUCAACCCUCACGCACAAGAAGCCAAAAUCAAGAUAUAAAGCACACAAAAACCCCAGCUCCGUCCUUCUCCCCUCUUUCACUUCCAUUAUUCAGAUCCUUCUUUUCCUUGAUUUAUGGGGUACCCAUGGAAAUUUCUGGGUCUAUCUUCUUUUCUUCUUUAAUUCUCUCUUUUCUCAUUCAUUCCUCUGUUUUUCUCUGCUACUACUAGAAUCUUAGGGUUUUGGGUUUGAGUUGUUAAAUUAGUCAUGGCGGAGGCUGCUGUUCCCAUUGCCCACCGGAUUCAGUCGUUAUCCGCUGUGGAUGCCGUCGGAAAACAUAGGUUGCUGGCGGAAAUGAAGCGGCUCGAGCAAGAGGCUAGGUUUCUAGAGGAAGAGCUGGAGCAGCUGGAAAAAUUGGACAAGGCGUCGGCAUCCUGUAAAGAGCUGUUGGGCUGUGUAGAAAUGAGAUCAGACCCUCUACUUCCAGAAACUCUUGCCCCGGUGAAUCCAGCUUGGGAUCGAUGGUUCGAAGGCCCGAAAGACUCGAAUCGAUGCCAUUGUCGAUGCAGAUGCUGGAUUUUGUAACCAUUCUGGUUUCCACAGAGUGAAUUUGAAUUUGAAAGCUCUCAUGAGAAGACGAUGUUUGGCAAGCUCAAGACUCACCCAUUUCUCCUUAACAGAGCUUUCACAUUACACAUUAAUGUUGGGUUUGCCAAUUGGUAUAGAAUCCAAAAAGUACUUUCAGAAUGAACAUAUGAAGUAUUUAAAAAUAUUAUUUUCUAAAUCUUCGUGACGUUCAAGUA